GAGAAACACAGGGCUGUUGUCGUUUGACCUUUCACGGAUUAUGUACAGUUUAUAGGGUUUCCAUAGCAACUUCUCGCGUGUUUGUCAACUUGUCCUGGAAAACGGGAAGAGAUGGUUCUAAUAACAGAAGAUUUGAUCCGACGCCGCGCAGAACACAAUAACUGCGAGAUCUUCUCCUUGGAAGAGGUUUCCUUGCAUCAACAAGACAUUGAGAGGAUUGAACACAUUGAAAAGUGGUGCCGGAACCUAAAAAUUCUUUAUUUGCAAAAUAAUCUCAUCCCCAGAAUAGAAAACGUCGGCAAAUUGAAGAAAUUGGAGUAUUUAAACUUAGCCUUAAACAACAUUGAACUAAUUGAAAAUCUGGAAGGCUGUGAAAGCUUACAGAAGCUGGACCUGACUGUAAACUUUGUGGGGCAGCUGAGCAGUGUGCAAUCUCUGAAAGGCAAUCUCCACCUGAGGGAGAUAUUUUUGGUUGGGAACCCUUGCACUGAAUUUGAGGGCUACAGGCAGUAUGUGGUGGCCUCCUUGCCUCAGCUAAAGUUUCUCGAUGGAAAGGAGAUCUUGCGUUCGGAGAAGAUUCGGGCAGGGCAGGGCCUAGAGGCUGUGAGGAGGCGUGUGCAGGAGCAGGAGCAGACGUACGCGGAGAAGAGAGCACGGGAGAGGCAGGAGGCCCAGAAGACAAAGAAGAACCAGGAGCAGACGAAGGAAGAAUCUGCUGGGAAGCCAGGAUUUGAUGGCCGUUGGUACACUGAUAUCAACAACACUGUUCCGAAGGUACCUGAAGAAAACAAGGAAAACCAGGGGAAUGUGGAAGAAGAGGAGAGGAACCAGGGCACAUGCACAGACGAUCUGGACAAAGCAUUCUGGGACAAGCCAUGUGCCUACACUCCAGAGUCCCGGCUGGAAGCGCACGAGUACAUGGAGGAGAAACGAAGAGCAAAAGACAGAGAGAGGGAAAAAGACAAGAAGGCCAAGACGCCAAGGACGCUGAUCACAGCAGAGGGACGGGUCAUGAAUGUCAACGAACCCAAGCUGGAGUUCUUCUUGUCUGAGGAUGAGGAGAACAACGCAAUCAUUUUGGAUUUGGCAGUUUACAGACAUAUGGACACCUCCCUUCUGGAUGUUGAUGUGCAACCAACAUACAUCAGAGUGACAGUCAAAGGAAAGAUCUUUCAGCUGGAGCUUCCUGCAGAAGUGAGGCCUGAUAGCUCCUUGGCGAAGAGGUCUCAAAGCACCGGACAUCUGCUCGUCACCAUGCCAAAGAUCCAAGGGGAAGUCAAACCAAAAAAGACAGCCCUCCGUCUUUAUAAACCUUCACAGAGCAAUGAAGUACCUUCCGAAAAGACAAGGAAAAUAACAGGGCCUGAGAAACUGGAAGUGGACCCCAGCAAACGCUCGUGUGUAGACCUGGCAAACAUUGUACCAAAGGAGAAGCCUGCCUCUCAAGGCCCUCUGAAGUUACAGCGCCCUCCACUGACCGGAGUCAACGGCAACUCGGAAGACUUUGAGGACGAUCCUGAUGUUCCACCUUUAGUAUGAAACAAAGCACCUCACAUUUUGUGACCCAAGCAAAGUCUUAAAGUCAUGUGUGAUUGGACUGUACAAGUUCCAUUUAAAAAAUAACGUCCUACCUGAUGCAAAAUUGCCUGCAGUAAUUCACAAUGUGUUCCAACAAUUUUACCAUUUUCAUCUUGUAUGAUAAGAUCUUAUCCUGGUCUUAUGUAUAUGUUUUUAAACUGAACUAUGUUUUGAGGUAAUUCAUGUUUUCUUAGUUGGCUAAAUAAAAACUGUAGAAGUAUGUUGGUGUAAAUUUAAACAUUAACAGCCCUUGGUAGAAGACGCUAGCAAAGUUGGAGUGCCUGCUGUUUCUUGCCACUCCUGUGAAAAUGGGGGUUUUUAUCCGGUGGGGAAGUGUCAGGGUAUGAGGGAUCUGGAGGGAUCCGUCCGCGUGGGUCUGGCCCGCUGUCCUUCGUCUGCUCCCGUGUUCACCUUCACGCCCGCGGCUGGGGAAAAGUGCCACUCGAUACCGCGGCUCUUAACGUUCCACUGUGUUCCAUUGUGACAAGGACCUGCAACCUGAGAUACCUGCAGUGUCUGUGUUUCUUUAUCUUACCAUCUGUCACUUUAUCACCCUGUCUGUUUGCCUGUCUGGCUGUCCACGGUUCCGUCUCCUUUUCUAUCUGUUGGCCUGUA